AUGCCAUCCCCUCUUCCUCUUAAUCGUCUUCUCCAUCUGGAAUUCUCUCCAUCUGUGAAUGCACGUCCCUGCAGUAGCCCUUUGGUCUGUCCUGCCAAAGGAGAAAAGUUCUUUGGGGUGGGAAGCACAUCUAGGAUUCGUCGGCUACCCCCCCACUUAGCUUGGUGUUCAAUUGACUGGGAUCAGUUAUGUCUUCUGCAUCUCCUGGGCUCUGGUGGGUUUGGUUCUGUUUACAAGGCAACUUACCAUGGAGCUACAGUGGCUGUAAAACAAGUGAAGAGAUGCAGUAAGAACCAUUUGGCAUCACGGCAAAGCUUCUGGGCAGAACUAAAUGUAGCACGUCUUGACCAUAUCAAUGUGGUACACAUAGUAGCUGCUAGCACAUGUACCCCUACUAGUCAGGAUAGUUUGGGUACCAUAAUUAUGGAAUAUGCAGGUAAUUGCACUCUACAUCAUGUUAUCUAUGGGACUGAUUAUUUAACAGGAAAUAACGAUGGCCUUAAAUGUGACCAUGGGUUUUUGAGUACAGCUCAGGCUGUCAUUUACUCCUGUGAUAUUGUGGCAGGGUUAAUAUUUCUCCAUUCUCAGUUAAUUGUGCAUCUGGAUUUAAAACCUGCUAACAUAUUCAUAACAGACCAUAAUAUUUGUAAGAUUGGAGACUUUGGAUGCUCCCAAAAGCUAGAAGAUAGUGAAUCUUCAGGACUAUAUCUUUGUCAUCAAGGGGGAACAUACACACAUCGUGCUCCUGAACUUCUUAAAGGUGAGAAAAUCACACCCAAGGCAGAUAUCUAUUCUUUUGCUAUUACUCUGUGGCAAAUGGUAACCCAGCAAGAGCCUUAUCUGGGUGAACGCCAGUAUAUACUUUACUCUGUGGUAGCAUGUAAUCUGCGCCCCUCUCUAAAUGCAGCUGUGUUUAAAGGUUCAGCUAUUGGCCAACAACUUGAGACAGUAAUUGAAAGCUGUUGGAGAGCUGAUGUAGCCGAGCGUCCUAGUGCAGAAUGUCUCCUUCACGAUCUUCAUUGCUUGCCUGUAGUAGUGUAA